AUGGCUGGUGGCGACGCUAAGAAGGGUGCCAACCUCUUCAAGACCCGCUGUGCUCAGUGCCACACCGUCGAGAAGGGCGGUGCCAACAAGAUCGGCCCUGCUCUGCACGGCCUCUUUGGUCGCAAGACCGGCUCCGUCGAGGGCUACUCCUACACCGACGCUAACAAGGGCAAGGGCAUCACCUGGAAUGAUGAUACGCUCUUUGCCUACCUCGAGAACCCCAAGAAGUACAUUCCCGGCACCAAGAUGGCCUUUGGUGGUCUCAAGAAGGAGAAGGACCGCAAGGACCUGAUUGCCUACCUUAAGGAGUCGACCGCUUAA